CACCGGCCCGCUCCGCCGCAGCCCCAGCGCAGGCCGCGCCGCCAGACGGAGCCGCCCGCCGGCACCCGCGCCCCGGCCCGUCGCCCCCCAUACCCCCUCCUCCCCCCGGCCGCCAUGCCCUCGGACCGGCCCUUCAAGCAGCGCCGCACCUUCGCGGAUCGUUGUAAAGAAGUACAGCAGAUCCGAGAGCAGCAUCCAAACAAAAUCCCGGUCAUCAUUGAACGCUAUAAAGGGGAGAAACAGCUACCAGUGCUGGACAAGACCAAGUUCCUUGUCCCAGACCAUGUCAACAUGAGUGAAUUGGUCAAAAUAAUCCGGCGUCGCUUGCAGCUGAAUCCAACCCAGGCUUUCUUCCUGCUGGUGAACCAGCACAGCAUGGUGAGUGUGUCUACCCCCAUCUCGGAGAUCUACGAGCAGGAGAAGGACGAGGAUGGCUUCCUCUACAUGGUCUAUGCUUCCCAGGAGACCUUUGGCUACUGAGGCCUGCUGAGAGGUGGCAUGUGGAGACGGAUGAACUGUGGCGCACAGGCCCCUGGCCUUGGAAGACAACACAAGCAGAGGCUCCCAAGAGGGGGACUGUGCUGACUCCCUUUCUCUCCCUCCCUCCCCUUCCCAUCACCCUGUCACCAAAGAGGCUCACGGCUUGUGUUGGACUCCUGCAACCCUUCACCUCUGUGUAGAUUAGUCCCGCUCCCUCCACACACACGCACCCGCGUGCGCACGUACGUACAGACGCCCACGCGCACACGUGGGGCCUCGGCUUCCCAUCCCAUCCCACCCCCUUCGUGUAACCUUCAGCUGCUCUCACUGUGCUGUGUCUGUGUGUGUGCGCGUGUUUGUAGCCUGCUGCCAAAACAGUUUGGCUGGUGAUGGAGAGAGGACAGGACACUGUCGCCUUCGCUUUCAGCACAGGGAGAGCUGCUCCUCCUCCGAGACACUAAUAAAGGGCAGGAGGUCUGCAAAAGCAGCAAACAGAUGCUACUGUUGCUCCCGAGUUUUAAUUGAUUUUAAUUACACCCAUAUCAGAUUCUUGGUGCUACUGAGUAGAUGUAGGCGUCUCUGUAGGACUGUGGAUAAUGUAUAUCCUUUAGAUUUAUUUUAUUGUUUUUUUGUUUGGUUUUAUUUUUUUUAGGGAUAGAUUGGAAUGGGGAGAGGGGGUAAUCUUUCCUGUGUUCUGUAGGUAAAUAAAUCGGGCUUCACUGCACUUUAAAGCAUAGUAGAUGUCAGAGUGGAAUUUACUUUUAAUUUAUACAGGUUUGCCAUAUAUAGUGCUGCUCUUCUGUUGACAGUUGUACCUAGAUUGUCUUUGUUUCUCUUUUUUUUUUUUAAAUAAAAUUGAUUUCCCUUCUCUCUGUCUCCCCACUGCAUGCUAUUUUUCAGUCACGGUGUGGCAAAGAGUUCACUCAAGGAAUGUACUGAUUUAUAUUUGCUAUGUUCCUGUUCCUGUUUCUCAUGUAUUAUACCAAAAAAAUGUAUAUGAUAAAAUCCCACCCAGUUUAAUCUAUACAAAGGUAUAUAUAUAUAAAUAUAUAUAUAUAAAAAAUAAACAUAAAUUCAAGUCGUGUCUUGUA